UCCAUGUAACUGUGGCUAGGUCUUGUCAAGGGGUUGUUUAGCUGGCUGGCUUUCACUGAGUGUGAGCACACAGCAUGGCUUUAUCCUGUGGACAAAAGAAGAUACAGGGCUUAGAAGAGCCUUCGGGUGGGGCUGGGAUAGUCCAUCUCUAAUCAGUGCUGGGUGUGGCUGCUCUCCUGCCCAUCAUAAGGAAGUAGGUGUGACUGGCUUUCUGGGAAAAGUCCCUCCUACCCCUACCAGUACUAAGUGUCCACGAGCAGGCCACAGUGACUUUGCCACUAAGCUUGCCAUGGUGUCUUGGGACAAGGCUCACCUGGGUCCUAAGUACGUGGGCCUCUGGGACUUCAAGGCACGGACAGAUGAGGAGCUGAGCUUUCAGGCAGGAGACCUCCUCCAUGUUACCAAGAAGGAGGAACUGUGGUGGUGGGCCAUCCUNCUGGAUGCAGAAGGCAAGGCCUUGGCUGAGGGCUACGUGCCUCACAACUACCUGGCUGAGAAGGAAACUGUGGAGUCUGAACCGUGGUUCUUUGGUUGCAUCUCCCGCUCAGAGGCCAUGCACAGGCUGCAGGCUGAGGACAACUCGAAGGGUGCCUUCCUGAUCAGAGUCAGCCAGAAGCCAGGAGCAGACUAUGUCCUCUCUGUCCGGGAUGCUCAGGCUGUGCGACAUUACAGGAUCUGGAAGAACAACGUGGGUCAGCUGCACCUGAAUGAGGCGGUAUCCUUCUCCAGUCUGUCUGAGCUUGUGGACUACCAUAAGACCCAGAGCCUGUCUCAUGGCCUACAGCUGUCCAUGCCCUGCUGGAAGCACAAAACUGAGCCCUUGCCCCACUGGGAUGACUGGGAGAGGCCGAGGGAGGAGUUCACACUCUGUAAGAAGCUGGGGGCCGGCUACUUUGGAGAGGUCUUUGAAGCGCUCUGGAAAGGCCAGGUCCGUGUGGCUGUGAAGGUGAUCUCUAGAGACAAUCUCCUGCACCAGCACACCUUCCAGGCUGAGAUUCAGGCCAUGAAGAAGCUGCGGCACAAGCACAUCCUGUCACUGUACGCUGUGGCGACUGCAGGGGACCCGGUCUACAUCAUCACGGAGCUCAUGCCCAAGGGGAACCUGCUGCAGCUACUGCGGGACUCUGAUGACAAAGCCCUGCCUAUUUUGGAGCUGGUGGACUUUGCAUCACAGGUUGCUGAGGGCAUGUGCUACCUGGAAUCUCAGAAUUACAUCCACCGUGACCUGGCUGCGAGGAACGUUCUUGUUACAGAGAACAAUCUCUGCAAAGUGGGGGACUUUGGGCUGGCCAGGCUUGUCAAGGAGGACAUCUACCUUUCCCAUGAGCACAAUGUCCCCUACAAAUGGACAGCACCUGAGGCACUUUCCCGAGGACAUUACUCCAUCAAGUCUGAUGUCUGGUCUUUUGGAGUUCUUCUUCAUGAAAUUUUCAGCAGGGGGCAGAUGCCCUACCCAGGCAUGUCCAAUCAUGAAACCUUCCUGAGGGUGGAUGCUGGCUACCGCAUGCCCUGCCCUCCGGAGUGCCCACCCAACAUACACAAGCUGAUGCUCAGCUGCUGGAGCAGAGACCCCAAGCAGAGACCUUGCUUCAAAGACCUGUGUGAGAAACUCACAGGUAUCACCAGGUAUGAGAACCUGGUCUGAGCUCCUUGGACGUGGCCAGGACCCACAGAAGAGGGCCUCGUGAUUAUCCUGGACUUCUAUUGAAGGCAUGCACCAUCCUUCAGUUUACUGAGAUGAAGGGAUAGGAAACAUACCAAACAUACCUCAAAUACUGCAUUUUGUCAAGGAAAGAGUAAAGAGGCAGCCAUGUUCCUUUCCCUUUUUUUUUUUUUUUUGGUUUUUCGAGACAGGGUUUCUCUGUAUAGCCCUGGCUGUCCUGGAACUCACUUUGUAGACCAGGCUGGCCUCAAACUCAGAAAUCCACCUGCCUCUGCCUCCCAAGUGCUGGGAUUAAAGGCGUGUGCAACCACAGUCCGGCUUCCUUUCCUGUUUAUCCUCCUCCAGGAGGCAAUACACAAAAUCCAGAAAGUCACUCUCUGGCUUCUUCCUCCCUUCUCCUGUGAAGACUUCAUGUGACAGAGAGCCAAGAAGAGUCUAGGCAACACGCCUUGUGGAGUUUUUUUCAUACCACUUUUGGAGCUUGACUGUCCACAAACACAUACCCUACCCUUUAGCACCUUAAUUCUGCAGGAUCUUAUGCUACAUACAACCCAGAACAAGUUUACAUGAUUUUCUCUUUAUAACCUUGGCUUUGUUGGAGGAGCCUCACCUAGAAAGUUCAAGACAGAGAUAAAUGGAUAUGAAAUUUCUGCUCUGUGGUUUCCGGUGCCCAGUGGGGAGUGAGAGCUUGAGCUACCCAAUCACCUGGGGUCCGCAGAAGCAGAGGGAAGACGAUGGAGUCAGUAAGAGCCAGGAGAUUUUCUUGUUUGCUUUUUCCAAGACAGGGUUUCUCUAUGUAGCUCUGGCUGUCCAGGAACUCAUUCUGUAGACCAGGAUGGCAUUGAAUUCACAGAGAUCCACCUGCNUCUGCUUCCUAAGUGCUGGGAUUAAAGGCAUGUGCUACUAUUGCCUGGCAGAGCCAGGAUUUUUAACCAUGUGGGCAGAGGCAGCUCUUCUGCAUCUCUGCCUGAGGCUCUGCACUUGUUUCUAAAGUCAAACUUGGUCUGAGCUUGUGAGUCUGGUGUUUACUUUCAGAGCUCCGUGUCCUUUCCCUUCAGAGAUGCUUUUGCCCUGGGCUCCUGAGGCAGGAUAUCCUUAUGCCUGGUGCCAUCCUCUGAUUCCCAUUUGGACCCNAGUUUUCCAAGAUGGCUCUGGUCCAAGGCUGCUCUCCCCNAUGUGUCUUCUUCAGUGCUUUUGAACCCAUACUUGACCCAUAAAGGCUAGACAGACUAUCUGUUCUCCAUUUCAUCUCCUUAUGUACUUGGAGAUUAGAACCCCAGUUCUGAGGGNGAGUAUCCCAAAAGCACCUACCCGAGGCUACCUGACUGGAAGUGGACAUAAUUCUCUGAUGACAUGUCUACCAGCCACGUCCAGAUUGCCCUCUCACAAGAGGUGAAGAUGCCGCAACCUUCCUUACAGAAACAUCCUCUCUGUAUCCUAGAGAUGACACUUUCUGUACUGCUUCCUGUAAAGCAGCUCUCUGGGAUGCAACGUUGUCACUAGAUAGGGAGAGCACAGGAAAAUGUUUGGAAACAGGGCAAAUGAAAACCUUUGAACUAAGUCUUUUGCAUAGACAUUCAUCAAAAAUUUCCCCUCUCUCAGUAACUGAACCUUUCAUUUUCACCAAGAACAGAAUUUGGACUGGGCUUGGUGGUGCACAUCUUUAAUCCUAGCACUUGAGAGACAGAGGUAGGCAGAUCU